AUGAACAGACUGAGAGUGGUCGGAGAAGGCGACAUCUGGGAGCUCGAUAUGUCGACUCCGGUGACACUAGAGGCGACAGCACGAGCUGUUUCCGACGACCCUCUUCCUCUCGGUCUCUCCAGAGGCACUCGUCUCUCUCGCCCUAAGCAAGUCGAGUUCUUCCACCGCUUCAUGGCCACACCUCUCGUCCCUUCCUUCUCCUCUCUCCGUCACACCUCCGGCGUUGACGGAAAUGGCGGAUUAUCUCUUCAGAGAGUCCUCACUCUCCCUUUCUCCAACAAUUGGUUUGUCUCUCUGUUGGGCCAAUUCGAUGCUCAAAGAUUCGUAUCGGAGGUUAAAAAAAGUGAAGAUUUCGUUCGAGGGUCUUCGUCAUCAGCAGCUUCUCGUUUCAACACAAUCGCCAAGAAUUUAAAGGAGAAAUCUUUGUACGCGUUAGGUUUCUGCUCUGAGCUCUUGUUAACACCUGAGGAUACGUUGCUUCUUAGCUAUGAUACUUACAAAUGCGACCUUGAUAAGAAUCCAAGAGCUAAAGCUGUCUACAAUCACAAGUUUCCGCUUCACAAUCUGACGGCAGAAGCGGUUUGGCCUGGACUGUUUGUGGAUAAACAUGGUGAAUAUUGGGAUGUGCCAUUGUCAAUGGCUAUUGAUUUAGCUUCUCUUCCUGCUGAGUCUGGUCCAAGUUACCAUUUAUGUUUACACCAUAACAGAGGAUCUCCCAAGAAGUUUAACUCUGAUGCUACUGAAGUGCCUCUGCCUCCACCGUCUCUGCUUCCUGGUGUGUCUCUAAAAUCCGCAGUCUCUUAUAGAACGAACAUGGAUCUCUGGAGGGGUACCACUCCAAAGCUUGAAACUUGCAAGCCAUAUGACAUCUUCCUCAGUAGUCCUCAUGUCUCAGUAACUGGGAUUAUUGGAAGUGUGAUGACCACAGCGUUUGGUGAAAAGUCAACCAGAACAAAGCUCGAGAAGGAUUCGGAAGGUGUUGGAGGUUUCUCUCUUCAUCUUCCAUCUGUAAAUUCUGGAUUCAUGGCUGAUGCCUUGGGACGUGCGUCGCUGACAGCUCAGUAUGGAAGUUUCCAGAAGUUGUUCUUUGAUCUCACUCGUUUCCAUGCUAGAUUGGACUUUCCGCAUGGUUUGAGGUUUCUUAGUGGUGCCACUAGCGUCGCACAAGAGCUUCUGAAUUCUCGGCAGCCUAGUUUAGAAGCGUUUCAGAAGAUCUGCCCUGAAGUAUCCGUUUCUCUGCAGCAACAGAUUGUGGGACCGUUUAGUUUGAGAGCUGAGUCUGGAAUUCAGAUUGAUCUGACGAAUGGAGCUAAUCCAGUGACUGUAAAUAACACAGUGUUUGCUAUUGAGUAUGCUCUUCAAGUGCUUGCUUCUGCCAAGGCUGUUGCUUGGUACUCCCCACAACAGAAGGAAUUUAUGGUUGAGCUUCGUUUCUAUGAGACAUAG